CACAGUUCAUAGUUUCUGCUUUGCCUGACAACCAAAUUUGAAAGACUCUGAAAAGAGAUUUCCACCGCUCCCUGCACACUUCUCAAAAAUCGUAGCAUAGCUCUUACGUGAGGGAAACCACACUAAGCGGUUUCAUUUUUAUCUCUUUCCUCUAAACUUGAGUGCAGUCAGGGAAGGGAAACAAGUUAUCAGCAUGCUCAGAAUGAGUGUAGACAUUGAGAGCACUGUGAACUCACACUGAAUGACAGCCACGAAGGGAGGGAGGACAGACAGACGGACAGACACUGGACCGGACUUCAGUUGAAAUGAAUUCAGCGCUUUGAGGCACAUCCUGAGCAGCUAGACCAACAGGAUGAGAAGAAGACGGAAACAGUGAAUUCCAAGACCAAUGAAAACCUGACCCAUGCUGAGUCGCUGCUCGCUGCUUUGAAAAGCAAAUAUCUCGAAUAAAGAAAAGAAGACUGAUGACACAAUAAAUGGAGAGGAAUAAGAGAACCCCUUUGCUGUUUUUUUUUCUUCCAAUUCUUCACGUCUGCACCAUCAGAAUGGUGCAGGGAUGUGACAGUCAGCCAGGACAAACUCUCUACUGCCACAGUGACUACAACCGGACCGUCACUUGUGAGUGGAACUCCACAUAUGAGGACAAUCAUGAGUGCAUACUUAAUGGCAAGGGAGAAUACACUGAAAACAAAUCCUGCAAACUGAAGCCUGUUGACGUCUCUAGACCAACGCUACAAAAGUGCUCCAUGGUCUUUGGUACUUGGGAUGAAAUUUUCCAAAAAUCCCAUACUAUUACCAUUAAUCUGAUUUGUGACUGUGUGCGAAUUCCUGUUACCACCAUUUACUUCUGGCCAUCAAAACUAAUAAAGCUGGAUCCUCCACAAAAGCCAGAAAUUAAUUUGACUAAUGUGUCAGUCGUUCCUGCCGGCGCCAAGAAGCGAAAUAAAAUCAAAAUGUACAGAUUUGAGAUCCAGUGGAAACAUGAGAAAGAGACAUGGAGGAAUGAUCGUAGCAAAGUACAAAUUAUUAACAAGAGUUGUGAAUGGAACUGCACGGCCCAGCUGUUCAGUGAUGCGCUGAUGCAAGGCGAGAGAUAUGAGGCACGAGUUCGAGUGCAGGCUGUUAUGGAUGAAUUGAAAUUCAAGUGUGUUGGGAGCGACUGGAGCCCUACUACAUCAUGGGUGUCACGCAUUGGAAGACCACCAAAAGUGUUUCUAGAUGAACCUUGGAUUAUCUCCAUCACUGUCACAUGUGCGGUAGUGCUGGCUCUGAUCAUGGCAGUCAUAACUUUGAAGCGUAACAAAACCGUCUGGAUUUUCCUGAUAACGAAAAUCAAAGGUCAACCCAUACCAAACCCGGCAAAGUCCUUCCUGAAGGAUGUUAAUUUCCAAAGUUAUCUGAGCUCUAGGCUCACAAACCUCUUCACACCACUGGAAAUCACCUCCAUAGAGAUUGUCUCCCCUGUGAAGCUUGUCCCUUUCAAGCCGGAGGCAGAACUGCUAGAGAAGAUGAAGAGCAAAAGCAGUUACGAUUCCUCCAAUUCCGGCUUCUCCAACCCCAGCUAUGCCCAUCUCGGUUCUGCUCCACCUGUUACUGUCUCUUUGCUCACUGCAGGAAAUCUGGAUCCCUGUGCAGCUGAUACACCUUACGGACCUGUUUGUAGUCAAAGUGAGGAUAAAGAUGCAGGACAGGAGAGGGAGGAAGUUAGAGAAAAAGACGUGAAGAUCCUGAAACUGCUCUCCAACGGCUGCAACAAAGGCAAUCCUCCACUGGUCAUUUCUGACUAUGAGAGGGUGGAGAAGGUCCAGCUGGAGCGCUCCAGGCUUCAGAGUCUAGAUUCAGGUGUGUGUAGCGGUGAGGAGCCCAGUCAGGAGAGCCUGGAGGCAGACAGCAUCAAUGUGACUGAGAGCCACGAUGAAAUAAAUGAGGAGAGAGAGGCCGGGAAAGAAACAGAAGGAGUUUUUCAGAAGCUGUUUGGAGGGAAUGUUGAUAUUUCCGGAAAAGGCUCCAUCCAGGUUUGUUACGAUUAUGAGCGAGUCCAAAAGCUGCAGCCUGACAGCCCUGAGCUCCAGAGCCUGGACGUUAACAAUGAGAUCGAGGAGCAUUUUGGUCACCAGGAGAGCCUGGAGGACACUGACAAGUCCUCUGAAUCAACAAACCUCCUUCCUCCUCCAUGCUCCUUUUCAUCAGUCACAGCCAUGUCUUCAAAUCUCAACGGACCAGCUUUUAGACCAGCACCACAUUGUAACAUACUUGCUCUAAUGACUACCAGGUGGUCUUUGGAGGCUUCGGGUGACGGAUACAUGCCAAAACAGGUAGAGAGCUAAUAAAUGUUUGCCCGUGAGGCACCGCGGGUGAAGAAGUCUGUCACUGAACGAGCUACUUAGUGUUGUUAUGGUCUCCUGGAGGGGGUGUGACGUG